CUCCCCUUUCCGUGUCGGAAUGAGCUUCGCGCAUGCGUGCCGUGUACGCCCGCGCUUCCACGAACAGACCGGAAGUAAGGCGGUUGCUAGGGCCAAGCUUCCGGUGAGGAUUCUGUGCCCGUGCGGCUGAAGCCCCUCCGAGCCUUCUGCUGCUGUUGGGGGGGUUUUGUUGUGAGGGGAGGGAGGCCCCGGGAAGGCUGUCGCUGGAAACACCAAGAAAUAUUCAUUCCUGAUAUACGUUUUGCAGUGGGAAAGCAGCUCCUUUCGUAUUCAUUAGUGUAAUUUCUGCUGAGAGGUUCAAUUAUCUGUCAUUCUUAGCUUGGACUACUAAAAAGAAUAAUCAGCUCAGGUGUCAUUAUGGAUUAAAUGCUGCAGCUUUCUUCUUUUGGACGGCUGUAUUGAAGGAGUCUUAGAAUUCUUCAGAUGUUCAGCAUGGAGCUUGGAAAAGCAAAAUUACUGCGGACUGGAGUUAAUGUAUUACAUCAAGCUGUUCAUCCGCUUCAUGGGAUUGCCUGGACAGAUGGAAAACAGGUUGCUCUUACCACCAUUCACCUAGUCAAUGGUGAGGUCAAGUUUGGCGACAGCAAUGUCAUUGGAAGUUUUGAACAUGUCAGUGGCCUUCACUGGGGUCCUGUUUGUUGUACAGGGACUUUGGCACUGCUUGCUGUGCAGCAUAAAAAACAUAUAACGGUAUGGCAGUUACAAAACAGCACCUUGGAACACAACAAGCUUUUGGUUUCGCAAACAUGUGAACUGGGAGAAAUCUUUCCAAUAUUGCAACAAGGCUGUGUGUGGCAUCCAAAAUAUGAUGCCUUAGUGGUAUUAACAAAGAGAGAUGCCUCUGUAUUGUUUGCAGUACAGAUUGACAACCGUAGAGUUAAAGCAGAUAUCAAAGGUAGUGGUUUGAUUCACUGUGCCUGUUGGACUACAGAUGGAAAUCGUUUAGUGAUCGCUGUAGGCAGUGCCCUUCAUUCAUACAUAUGGAAUAAUAACCAAAAGACUCUUCACGCUUGUAAUUUCUGCCCCAUAUUUGAUGUUGGAGGAUGCAUCUGUGCAAUAGAGGCAUGUUUGGAUUUUCAAGUGGUUGUGACAACUGAAUUACCCCUUGAUAAAAUCUGUGGUCUGAAUGCUGGUGCUGCCUUUGAGGUUGCUCCUAUAUCAGAAACUGGAUCCUUGAUGUCAAGACCCACAAUGCUGGCAGUUGAAGAAAACCAAUCAAUGAAUGUGAGAAGAAAAUCAGUAGAUUCCUCAAGGUCUUUGACAGAAGGUCCAAUGUUUUCGCCAUCUGGCCCUUUAGAUCUGACUCAUCUUCUGGCAACUCAUCGCAAAUCUGAUCCUAGCCCCCUUAUUCACCUGAAGCGCAAGGAUUGCCUUACUGGAAGUGGUCAUGAUUCAUCGCAUCUGAUUUUAGUAACUUUUGAGAGAAAAGUGACAACAACUAGAAAAGUAAGCAUCCCUGGGAUUCUGGUCCCUGAUAUUGUGUGUUUUGACCCUCGUCGAUGUACAAUUGCUGUAUCAUCAAAUAAUUGUAAUAUAAUAUUUGUGUAUUCAGUAACCUCUUCAAGUAUGCCCAACAUUCAGCAAAUACAGUUGCACAAAAAUGAACGGCCAAAGGGUUUGUGUUUUCUGACUGAGAAACUACUAUUACUCUUAGUUGGGAGGCAAAAAAUAAAUGAUCUUGCUUUUCUCCCAUCUUCAAAUUCAGACCGUUAUUUAAUCAGACUUAUGACUAAAAAGCUAUUGUUGGAUGAUGGUUCUGUAUCAUCAGAGACACUUGGGCAGCCUGGCAUUAACAUCUCUGGAAUGAAGAAGUAUUUUGAAGAUCUGUCCAAGGAAGAGCAAUUUGCAGGAAAAGAACUAUUAUUGCCAGGAAAUAGUGCAACUCGAUUUCCAAACAUUAGAAAGGGAUUGAUAGAGGAAGUAAAGAAUGGCGGUAGUGAGCAAAGCUGGGAAGCAAGUAUGCCAAAAUCAUCAGGACGAGUCUCACCUAGUGACCCUACAGUGAUCUUAGGCUACAAUGCCAAUGAAUCUGUAAAUGGCUCCAUAGAUAAUCAUGGACGAGGCACACCAAAUAGGACUUUGAUUAGCCCAGUCUUGUUUAAUGGAGACCAAAUUACACAGUCACCUGCUGGUACUUCACUGAAUAUUGGUGACCAUACAAAUGACAAAAUGGAACAAUUGUCCAAAAAAAUGGAUAGAUUAUUUGAGAGCUUAACAGAGAUAAAGCAGUGCCUUUCUCAAAUAUCAGAUUAUAACAAAAAUGGAAAGAAGUCUUCAGUAACCUAUUCAUCUGAUCCAUCCAUCCUUUACGUCAUCUAUCAGAAAAUGCUGCAAGAAAAUACCAUUGUGGAUGAAAAACGAGCGUUUACCCUUUGUGAAGGCAGGCUUCGUCUGAGUACGGUGCAGGAAGUUUUUAACCUUUUUGCUGUUGAAAUGUUUCAUGGUUCUAACUGGAUUGUGCUAACGGCAGAUGAUGAUGGAUUUGCUCCAUUAAUGUUCAAACCAAAUCAGGAAAUUAUUAUUCGUGAUGGGAGGCUAAGUACAGGACCUAUAGAAUUCCCCCCACCUCCAUCUCCAACCGACAGUAUCAAUUUGGAAACCCAGAGAACAAUGUAACCUGCUCUGCACGUGGUCACAUGUAGUGAAGUACUUUCUUUAACCUAGUUAUUAUGUAUUGUGUUCAUAUAUGAGCAAAUGAAUAAUGAAGUCGUUCGAAUUUAUAUGGCAAGGUGGCUGAUCAUAAAGUGUUUGUUCUUUUUGCUGAGUCUGCAUUGGAAAUGUAAACAUAGGAGUAGGACAUUCAGGUCCUCAAGACUGUUCUGUCAAUCAAUUGCUUAUAUAUCCCUUAAAUGCAUUAAUCUGCUUUGGUUGAAUAUCCUUUUAAACUCUUGGCUAGAAAAAAAUUCAUCAGUCUGAGAUUUAACAAUAUUAAUUGAGCUAGCAUUUUCUGCUUCUUGUGGGAGAAAAGUGCACAAAGAAAUGUUUCCUAACUCACCAUCUGAAUGACCCAGUGAUGAUUUUACAGUUACAUCCAUUAGUCCUAACUGCUGAAAAGGUUUCCCACCAGCCACCCAAUCAAUUCCUUUCAAUUUCUCAAAUUCCUCCAUUACUUUCUUCAGUCAUGGCAAAAGGUUCCCGAGUUGCUGGCUGUUAUUCACAGAGUAGCUUUAAUGUAACUAUCACAUGGUUUUUCACAAAAAAAGUAUAAAGCAAAGUGUCACAGCAAAUGACAUGAUAGGCUUGGUCACAUCAUAAGUUUUGAGGAGGUUCUUAAAGUUGAAAGUGAGGUGUAAAGUGGGAUUUCCUGAGUUUAGGCCUUACACAGCUGAAGGCUCCAGUGAAAAUUAGAAAUGCUUAAGAGUUCUGAAUUAGAUCAGUGCAGGUAUGUCAAAGGAUUAGGAGACAGGUGGAGAUUAUGAAGUCCUACGAUGGUACAGAGUUGGCAAUGGUGGUAACAUGCAUGUGUGGUCAGAAGUUUAUCUCCAGGCCAUAUAUGGCAAUAAGGUUGCAGACUGUUUGGUUUUGUGUCAGACAGUUGCCAGGAAGGGUGGUGAUGAGUAUCAUCAACAUGUGUGAAAACUCACACUGUGCUUUCGGAAGAUGUCACUGAUUGACAUUGCAGUUGAGAAAUAAUAAGUGGCCAAGGAUAGAUCUUUAGGGGACAUCAGAAGUCAUGCUGAAAGAGCAGAAAGAGAAACCUCUUUACCAGUGUUUCUCCAGCUAUGAUUUGGAUGGAUAAAAAUGAAGCCAGGUGAGUUCUUUGUAUUUGAAUGAUAGUGAGGAGGUGUUGGAUGAGUGUGGUAUGAUCAACAGUAUCAAAGCCUGCAGACAUGUCCAGAAAGACAAGGAGGAAAUGUUUACUAUUAUCACAGUAAUACAGGGUAUCAUUUGUCACUUGAUAAAACUGUUUUAGUAACGUGCCAUGGCAGAAAUCUGGACUGGAAGGAAUGAAACAUGAAGAUUUUGGAAAAAUAGGCAUGGAUUUGAGAGUCAACAAUAUGUUCAACAGCUUUGGAAAGGAAAUGGAGAUGGAAGGGAGGUUUUCAAGGUUGCUGAGGUUGAGGGUUGUUGGGUUUUGAUGACAGGUCUUAUGAUAGCAGAUUAACAAUGUCAGCUAACAAGGGAACCAUGAGUGCAGUUGGGGAAGAAGCAGUUCAAUAAUAAUAGAAUUGAGAGCAUGGGAGAAGGGGUUCACGGACAAACAGUACAAAAGCUCAGAGGCUGAAGGAAGCUAUGAAUUCAGGACUAUGACAGGAAGGGACCGCUGGAGAAAAUUUGGUCAAGUAGGUUGUUGGAAGGUUUCAGAGCUGUUGGAUGAUCAUAAUCUUAGUGACAAAAGGCCAUGAGUAUCUUGCAUUAAUUGGGGCAACACUAAUCGCAGGUCUGCCCAGCAAAAAACAACCAAAGCUUUGGCUUAUGUCGUGAAAGUGGAGUUCAGCUGAACUCCAAUGUGGACACUUCAUAACAGGGGACCGAUUGGAGCCCAAGCACUCACUAAAUUCCCUGGAACUGGCACUACUUGUGAUAGUUUAUAGGUAAAGCGUGGUGGGCAUCCAGAUGGUUUUCCAGCAGUGAAUGUGCUUACCUCGUCAGGUAGAUGAAAGAGCCUCCCUCUGACCAUUCUGCUCUGAAGCGAAUCAGCAGGGGAGGUGUGUACCUGCAUUUACUCGUGUGCUCCCAGAAAUUCUUGGCAGAGUUUAAUCCUCUUUUCCCUAGCUACGAAAGAAUAGUUUGAAAUGUUUUAUCUCGGUUUUUUUUUUAAUCCCAGCGUUGCUAUUGCAGGUAAUUAAAACAGGAGGAUAAAGUCCUAAAUUAUAAAAAGAAAUCCAAUCCAAAAUGU